AUGGCCGGGUCCAAGGAGGUGCCUGCCUCCAGACCUACCUCCCGCUCAGAAGGCUUGAAGACUCUAGCUUCCUCCCUGGAUGCACUCACGGGCCGCGUCAGCGCCUUGGAGGUCAUGAUGGGUGCUGAAAGGAGGUUGAUGCCGGCUACGAAUGUGCAAACAUCAGUGCCAUCAGAUGAGGUGCCUUCAGCGCCCUCCAUGCCUUCGGCAGAUGCACAGGUCGCAGCACCAUCAGACCAAGUGCCUUCAGCACCCUCCAUGCCUUCAGCAGAUGCACAGGUCGCAGCACCAUCAGACCAAGUGCCUUCAGCACCUGCCAUGCCUUCGGCAGAUGUACAGGUUCCAGCGUCAGCAGACCAGGUGCCUUCAGCACCUGCCAUGCCUUCGGCAGAUGUACAGGUUCCAGCGCCAGCAGACCAGGUGCCUUCAGCACCUGCCAUGCCUUCGUCAGAUGCACAGGUCCCAGCGCCAGCAGACCAGGUGCCUUCAGAACCCUCCAUGCCUUCGUCAGAUGCACAGGUUCCAGUGCCAGCAGACCAGGCGCCUUCUGCACCCUCCAUGCCAUCGGCAGAUGCGCAGGUCCUAGCGCCGGGGGUUGACCAAGCACCUGUUGAGCCUGACAACCCAAGAGACGAGCUUCGGCCAUCGAAGACCCCACCGGAGCGGCCAGUGGUGCCACGCCUGGUGGGGCUCAGGGAGGUUCAAGAGUGUGUGGAGGAAAGCCAUGAUUUGGAAGAGAAGCUAUCGUUCUUAGAGUUUCACAGCCGGAGCCCAGAGCAAAGCAGCAUCUUGAAUGAAAUUGUGCAGGACGUCCGCCUUUGCCUGAAGCGUUGCGAGCUGAUUUUGCAGCUCCCAGAGAUCAAAGCCUUUAUCAAGAAGUUUCAGUCGUCCCUGCAGGUCAAUGCCGUGUUGCACGACAGUUGGCUGGGCCCUACGAAGAGCCGCCUCUUCGAGGACGAGGAGGCGCCCAAGAUUGAGCCAUGCAAAUCCACGGGUGAUCUCACUUCUGUGGCGGCGGACCCCUUCCACGCGCGCCCAGCUGUGAAGCGUGGAGAAUUCAACAAGCGCCCCUUCCGCACGGUCAAUGAUUGGGCUCGGCCCCACACGCCCCUCACGUUAGACCCUCGGGGCAAAGCUCCCCCCAGCCUGCCAGAGAUUCCGCGGUGA